AUGCCGGAUGAUGGUUUGUUUGUCGAAGAAAGGUUGUCAUAUGAGGGAUUGAUUAGUAAGAUUUGUAUGACCCUUGGUUGGGAUGCAGCACACGUGAAACUCCACCUUUCUUUGAUUUUCGAUAGUCCCGGUGGUAGGCGUGUAGUGAAGAUCAAGAAUGAUUCGCAUGUAGAGUUCAUGAACCGUGUAGAUCCAAUGUCAUGUUUGGAUUUAUACAUAGAUUUGGAAGAUAUCACUCAAGAAGAAAGAGAAGCGAGUUUGGAAAACGUGUCAUUUGGUGAUUUUCAAAGGGGGGAACGUGCUAGUACUUCUCGAAACCGUGAUGAAGAGGAGACACCUUUAUUUGCACAAAAUGACUACCGGGAAGAGUUGGAUUCCGACUACAUAGCUCCAAGUGAAAGCGAAGAAGACUGUGAUGUCUCCGGAGAGAGUAAUUUUGAAGAAAGUGAUGAUGAAAGGUUGGAAAAUGAGGAAAGGGAUUGUAAUCUAUUCGCCCGACGCCAUGUAUAUAGUAAGAUGGGAAACUGGGAUGCCUCAUGUGUAGACAAGGAUGAGUUUGCUCUUAAGAUGUGGGAUGAGACGCCCGAAGGAAUGGACAUUGGUGUUUGUUUCAAAUCUCAAUCAGAAGCAAAGCAUGCUGUGAAAUUAUGGAAUAUCCAUCAUAAAAGGGAAUAUACGGUCGUCGCGAGUAGUCCAAGGACGUGGGCUGUGCGGUGCAGAACAUUUAAUGUGGAAAGUGAGGAUGGUGAACCAUCAUGUGAGUGGAAGAUGCGUGUGUCAUUGAAAGCUCACGGCCUUCAUGAAAUUGUGAGAUGGCAUGAUGCACAUAAUUGCAUGACUCCUGUGAAUGAUAAUGACAAUCGGUGUGUGGACGCGUCUUUGAUUGCUAGACUCAUCAGGAGAAAGGUUGAGGACAACGUAGAUUAUACGGUAGCCUCGGCACAGAAAGAUGUGAAGACCUUAUUGAAAGUAGAUGUGCCAUACAAAAGGGCGUGGCACGGGAGGAGGAAAGCCAUAGAAGCGGUUUAUGGUGAUUGGACCUCCAAUUUCGAAGAACUUCCACGGUAUAUCGCUGCACUUAAGUUUACUAAUCCUGAGACUGUAGUAGAGUGGGAAUGGAAGGAGGGACAAGAAGGGUUGUUGAGCGCAAUGUCACAGAUGGAUGAAUGGCGUGAUUUAGGUGAUGGUGGGCACUUUCUUUGCCUCCGCCACGUUCGCAGCAAUCUUGUGUCGCGAUAUAAUAGCAAAAAGGUGAAGCGGUUAUGUUGGAAGAUGGGCACGACACUUUCAAGAGUGAAAUACAACCGUAUGAGGGCAGAGCUUAUUGAAUUCAAACCUGCUGCAUGGGAGUAUCUUCGAGGGAUUGGGGGGAGUAACUGGGCUCGAUUGAAAGCCGGUCUUCGCCGUUGGGGCAUAGCGACAACCAACAUUUCUGAGAGUUACAACAAUGCGUUGAAAGGGAUCCGUUUUUUACCAAUUAGAGCCUUGAUCGAUGCAACCUUUCGUAAAACUGUUAAAUUCUAUAGAGAAGAAUAA